AUGGAUGAAAUAAUUUGUGGAGAUGUUUGUGGAGCUGGACUUCUUCCAGGAGAGUUCUUCCACGUGGACUGGGACAAGAGGCAGAACGUCUGGAGGCUGCCCAACAUCCCCAACUACUUUGGCUUUGACGCGCAGGGCGCUGUGGGCAACAUGGACAUCAUGAAGAACAACAUGGAGGUCCUGAUCAAGCGCAGCAACCGCAGCCAGACCCCCAACGCUCCUCCUACAGCAACCGUGUUCCCCAAAAACCCUGUGGAAAUGGGGGACCCCAACGUGCUCAUCUGCUUCAUGGACCAGUUCUUCCCCCCAGUGCUGAACAUCACCUGGCUGAAGAACGGAGAGGAGGUUUCCCAGGGCGUGACAGACACAGACUUCUUCCCCAGUGCGGACAACGCCUUCCGCAAGUUCUCCUACCUGGCCUUUGUCCCGCAGCAUGGAGAUGUCUACAUCUGCCAGACUCCAAGGAGCCGACGCUCAUCCCAGAGACGAAGGAGAAUAUGGUGUGUGGCCUGGGCUUGGCCAUGGGCAUCCUGGGCAUCAUCGGUGGCACCGUCCUUUUCAUCAAGACCAGGAGGAUGAACAGCAUCAACCAGCGCAGGGGCCCCCUGUGAGUCCAUUGCUCAGAAGAAGGAAGGCCUCCCCUGCCCAAAAGGCUUUGCCUGGCGGUGGAGGGAUUAGCAGGGCAGAAGGUCUCAGAUCCCAUUUCUCAGAACUGGCACUUAAGUUCUUUGGGUCACAUUUCUGCCCCUUAUCGAAGGCCACUGAGGGCCACUCACAUAUCCAAAAAAUUUCAGCAAACAAGGAGCUGAGCCCAAUCCUGCUUCUUUGUCUCAUAUACUGAAAGGACACAGUCAUAGUUCAAUGUUUUUGCAUGUCAAGCAUUGCAUAUGUUUUCAUCUGCACACAUUAAAUACCCAUACAUUGCUCUAAUCUGUCUAUAGGGACCCUUGGGAGUGGGAUUGUAUGUGCUUGGAUGGGGAGGGGCUAAAUCCAGGUCCUUGACUCCCCUCCCAAAGAGCUGACUAUUAUUAUCACCCAAACCCUGGGCAAGGCACGGAUCAUGCCCACCACAGCAGCUGCUGGAUACAGACAGGAAUCACCUGCCCAGUCUAAAUUCUGCCCCAAGACAGCCAAACAGAGUGCCAAGGAGACCCAGAUCUUCCUUCCAGAAUAAACACAGCAAAAGAGGAAAUUUUUUGUAUCUUGCACGUUUUAUAUUUCUUCAAGGAGACUGGAUUUUUCACAAGUGACAUGAAAUGAAGAUGGGAUUUUUUGUUUAAUAGGAAAGGAGGUGGGGCCCAGGAAUGAAGGAGGGUACGGACUCCUUUUUGAUUACAAUAUCCAGAAGCUAGAUUUUAGAAAGGAUUAUGUUUUAUUCCCAGGACACCCUUAUUUCUCCCUAGCAAAAUUGCAGAUGUGCAGACAAGACAGCUCCCAGCUCACCAUCCCUCAUGUUCCCUUUCAGAUAAUGGAGGAGCAGCCAAACCAGCUCCUUCCCCCGACAGCCCCUCUGCAAGUCCCAGAACUGCGUCUCUCACUCCAUCCCUGGUCAAGGCUUUGCUUAACCAACCUGGUCCUCGAUGUAGGUCCUGGUCUGCUCCUUUCCAUACCAGGGGCCUUUGCACUGCUGAUUCGUGGCUCUUCUGCUCUUAGAUGGAAGGGGAAUUAAGACGCCGGUUCACUAGGCACAUCCUUUAGUGUUAUUGACAUGGAUUUUAAGAAUAAAACCAUCCUUCUUGGCUUAUUCCAUUAGAUUCAAAUCUGGCCUAGGAAAUGGUGACCUUCUGUCUAUCACCUUUUCAGCUGAAACUUGUAUUUUACAGGAUAUUUUUAAGAUGUAGUUAGCUAACUCAUGUUCUCUGCUCCUCAAACAGAGAUUAGAGAAGGGAUUUUAUAUCUACAUGAAAGGGGUUAAUUAUGUCUCUGAGUUAGAGUAACAACAGAUCAAAGAAGCAGCAGCAAAAAGCUGAAUGGGAGAAGAGGUUUUCUAUUGAGAGAGAAGCGCGACGCUGACAUGUUUCUAAGUUAUGGUUUCUAUAUAGUCAUGAGGAAUCUUAUGAUAUCAGAGUUUGACUCCCAGAUCCAGAACCAGGUUGCUUAUUAGCACAUCACCUGAUUCUCUUUUGCUGUUCGUAAGUUUGUAAAUGCUACUUGAAAUCAUCUUUCAUUUAAAGCUCUUUGUAAUCAGUGCUAUGCUUUUGUUUUUGUCUAUGAUUAAGUCUGUAUAUGCUGUACUAAAAGCUUUAUAAAUAAACUAGCAUUUUAAUAUAA